AUGGGUGACGGCGAAACUUGCCCAGUACUUAUUUCUCGUAAGAAGUUAAAGUCUGAAUUUAGUGAUCUACAAACAAUUCAAAUAACCUGUGAUACAUUUUCCCUGGGUCGAGGAUUAAAUAACUCACUAGUGAUACCCUAUAUAGCCAUAUCAAGAAAUCAUUGCUUACUUAAAAAAGAUGCUCAAAAUGGUUGGAUGAUUGAAGACAACAGCAGUUUUGGUAUAAAAAUUAAUGGCAGUCUUUUGGGAAAGGGCUUUUCAAAGAAACUGUCUGAUGGAGAUGUUUUAACAUUAGAACAGACAGAAGAAUUUGUAUAUGAAUUUAAAAAUCAGGUAGAAGAUGUAUUUGAAAUACCUAGAAAACGGAUAAAAUUGGAGGAAGGUAACAUAGAUGAUAGCAGUAUAAUAAAUAAUAUGAAGAUAAAGUUUGAAGAGUCACAAAGUCAUGAAAUUGAGCAUAUAGAACAAAAAUUAAAAAAUGUGAAACACAUGCAAACAACAUCAAUGAUAAUAACGAGGCAGUUACAUAAAGAAAUGACCAGUAGAGUAAAACAUCUUGAAGCAGAUUUUACUUUACAAAUAGAAAAUCUAAAAGGAGAAAAGAACGAAAUUGAAAGACAGAAGGCAAUACUACUCGAAGAAAGGGAUGCUCAACUUGCUGUUAUCAAAUGCGAAAUGGAGGAAAAAAUUGGGGUGUUGAUGAAACAAGUUCAGAAACAUAAUGAAGCAGAAAUUGAACUAAUGAAGGAAAACAGUUCCUUGAAGAAAAAGCUGGAGAAGGAAAGAGAAGAGUUUUUGGCAGAACUCAGUCGAGAAAAUUCAUCAAAGAAAGAUAUGUUGGAAAAAUUAGAGGCCAAAAUAAAUGAACAAGAAGAGGUUAGAGCUAAGGAAAGACAAGAAGCUUCAGAGUUACUUCAUAGAGAAGUAGAAAAGCUUAAAAAUAUUAAAGAACAGCAAAUAAAAGAAAUAGAAGAACAAAAGAGGCAGAGAGAAGCAGAACUGAAAAAGGAACUGGCCGAUAUAAAAGAUAAUUUGGAGGAAAAAGUGUUACAAACAGAACAAGAGAAAUUGAAAGCCGAACAGUUACUUAAUGAGCAAUUAGAGAAAAUGAAGAAAUUAAGUGAUGAGGAGAAAAUAAAAAUAGAUGAACUGACGAAGGAAAGGGAGGAAAUACAGCAGAGAUUACAAGAAGCACAAAUAACUGCAGCAAGGUCUAUUCAGGAACUAACGACACGUGUUACUGAAAGAGAAACUGAGUUAGCAGCAUUGGCUGCAGAGCGAAUCCAAAAACAGGCAGAACAAUCAGGUGAAGUUAUAAGUAUAUUACAAGAACAACUGGAGAAAGUUAAAAACCAGCUGCUCAUGGUGGAGACAGAGAAGAAUACAAUUUUAGAAAAUUACUGUGCACCGGACAAUGGUGAGGGCUCAUCGAAAGAAACUUUGUUAAACGAAGUUGGUGAAAUUUUGGAAAGUGAACUGCAGUGCAGUAUAUGUGCUGAACUCUUUGUUGCUGCAACAAUUCUGAACUGCUCACACACUUUCUGUAAAUAUUGCAUUACAAUGUGGAAAAAAAAGAAAAAAGAUUGUCCAAUAUGCAGAGCUCCUAUAGAGUCAGAAUGUAAGAGUUUAGUUCUAGAUACUUUUAUUGAGAAAAUGGUACAAAACCUUAGUGAGGAGAUGAAAGAAAAACGAAAAAACAUACUAAAAGACAGAGAAGAACUCGAGUCCAUGCUGGCCCAGCAGACCAACGCACGAACCAGCUGCGGAAGAAAUAGCGUUAAUGGCUCGGACUCCGAAUACUCCUCGGACGAGAACGAGGAGGGGGAGGAGGAACAGGAAUACGAGGACUUCGUCGAGGAGUAUUACCGACACCGGCGUCACCGUCGGUACUAUAGCUACUCCGACGAUUCCGACGGUGGAUCUGACGAUUUUUCCCACUCAGGGAGUGAUGCCACCUCUCAACCUGACGAGAACGCCGGGACCACCAGCACAGAACCAGGAGCGAGUAGUGCAGCUACAGAUUCUCGAACAAGGCGUCGAGAAUUCAUCGAGGGGAUACCCGGUUCAUAUUAUGGUGGCUACGGACGCUGCUACCGGUGUGGAGCUCGCGGCCAUUGGGCGCCCGGCUGCCCCCUCUCAAUAACAUAA